AUGGCUCUGCUGAAAACCUCCACCGUACUGAUGCUUUUCUCUUUCGCAAUAACUUCUGAAACAGCAAGAAUCAUCGGGGGUCAAGAGGUAGCGCCGUAUUCCAUAAAGUACCAGGCCUCUCUGCAGGAUGAGAAAGAGAGACACUACUGUGGAGGAACCCUGGUGCACGAGAAGUGGGUGGUGUCUGCUGCCCACUGCUGGAGACCGAGCGGUCUGAUGAGGGUGGUGUUGAGUGAACACAGUCUGACCCGCAGAGAGGGUUUUGAACAGAUAUACAACGUCUCCAAGAUCCACAUUCACAAUUAUCACUACAAGACAUAUAACAACGACAUCAUGAUGAUCAAGCUGAGUGCGCCGGCAGUCCUGAAUACCAACGUUGCUCCUGUCCGGCUGCCUGAUUCGACGACCCCACGACUGCGGUCCUAUACAGUUUGCACAGUGAGCGGCUGGGGCGUGACGCACCCUUACAGCUCUUACCUGUCCCCUGUGUUACGUGCUGUGGACGUGAGGAACAUGCCGUACUGUUAUUACUACUACUGGGGCCGGAUCACCCAAAAUAUGCUGUGUGCUGGAUCUCCAAUGGGUGGGAAAGAUUCUUGCCAGGGUGAUUCUGGAGGCCCCCUUGUCUGCAACAACUACUUCGAGGGCAUCGUCUCUUGGGGUAUUGGCUGUGCCAAUCCCUACUUCCCCGGCGUCUACACCAAAGUGAGGAACUACGUGACAUGGAUCAAGUGGAUUAUUGCAAAUGACUCAUGA